GAGAGCAAUCAGUAGCCUUCGAGCAGUCUACAACAGAAGUGCACGAUGAGAGUUCUGAUUGUUGCCGCCGCCUUCCUCGCCUGCGCCGCAGCCGCGCCCUCCGGCGCCCUGCUGGCCGCACCCUAUGCCCACGGCUACUCCGGCCUGGCCCUCGGACACGCCGGCCCUCUGGCCUACGCCGCCGCACCUGUGGCAGUAGCUCACGCUCCGGUCGCCGUCGCCCCCACCAUCCCUCCCGGUGAUCUCCAGGGUGCCGCCAUCGACGCCCACGUGGAAGCCUCCGACCAUGCCCGCGCUUCCGUCGACGCCGCCCGCGAAUACCACGACCAGGCCUCCGAACUUCAAGGCCGCGCCGUGAACGCCGCCGAGGACCACGCAUGGCAGGCUGUCGAUGCCGUCCAGACCGCCCAGGCCCAGAUUGAUGGUGCCGCCGCUGGUGUUGCUCCCAACGUAGCCCGUCAGUUGGUCGGCCACGCUGCCCCAGUUGUAGCCGCUCCAGUGGCUUACGGACACGCUGCAUACGGCGCCCCAGCUGUCGCCGCUUACGGUGCCCCGGCGUACGCUGGUCACGUGGCCGCCCCAGUCGCCGCAUACUCUGCCGGCUCUCACUCGGUCGCCACCCAGUCUCUCUCCCAGACCCACCCAGCCCCAGUAGUCCACGCCCCGAUCGCGUACGGCGCCCACGCUGGUCUCGCCCUCGGACAUGGCCUCGCGCACGGAUGGUAAACUGUGAUACUACCACUUAGCCAAAAAGUUUUCUAAUACUCAAGUUCGGAAUGUUUAUUUAAAUGUAAAUUUUUUGUACAGACAGACAGAGGCGAGGAUGUGUGAAUAAAUGAAAUAGUAAUUUAUAUAA